GCCAAGUUUGGAUGUGUAUCUGGCAACGCCAUCUGUCAAUUUAGCCACUCCCCCUACCAGACUAAAGUGACGUCUGUGAGAAGAGGCUUGAAUUAAGGUCCACUUUCCCAUUUGGCUUUGACUCGGUUGGGUUCCGUUACUUCAAAUUCUCAACUAGAAAAUGUCGGGAGGUUCAGACAAGUUGUCUCUGAAGGAAGAUGAUGUCACCAAGAUGUUGGCUGCUACCACUCACAUCGGUAGCACCAAUGUUGAUUUCCAGAUGGAACAAUAUGUUUACAAGCGUCGCUCUGAUGGUGUCCACAUCAUCAACUUGCGCAGGACUUAUGAGAAGCUGUUGUUGGCUGCCAGGGCCAUCGUGGCCAUUGAGAACUCUGCUGAUGUUUUCGUCGUCUCUUCUCGUCCCCAGGGCCAGCGUGCCGCUCUCAAGUUUGCCUCUUACACCAAGGCUACUCCCAUCGCCGGCCGUUUCACUCCCGGUGCCUUCACUAACCAGAUUCAAGCCGCUUUCCGCGAGCCCCGUCUGUUGGUGAUCAUGGACCCCCGUGCUGACCACCAGCCCAUCGUUGAGGCCUCGUACGUCAACAUCCCCGUCAUCGCUCUGUGCAACACUGACUCGCCUCUGCGUUACGUCGAUAUUGCCAUCCCUUGCAACAACAAGGCAUCUCACUCGAUCGGUUUGAUGUUCUACAUGCUGGCUCGUGAAGUUUUGCGUCUCCGUGGCAUCAUCUCUCGCGAUCUCGAGUGGUCCAUCAUGGCUGACAUGUUCUUCUACCGCGAUCCCGAGGACAUUGAGAAGGAGGAGCAAGCCAAGGAAGCCGCUGCUAUUGCUGCUGCACCCAUCAAGGCUGCCCCUGAGGAGUACCAGGCUGAGAACUGGAACACUGAACCAGCUGUUGAGAGCACCAACUGGGCUGAUGAGGCUCCAGUUCCCGCUGCCGCAGCUCCUACCGUCUACGCUGCUGCUGCUGAAGACUGGGCCAGCGCUCCCACUGACGAUUGGGGUGCUCCCGUUGCUGCUGCAUCUGCCACUGGCGAAUGGGGCGGUGCCACCAACAACUGGGCUUAAGUUCCAUUUGUAGCAUCUUGUAUUCCAAUUGUCAACAAAUACAAUUAUGGAAUUCUA